UGUCGCUGUCACCGCCAGGAGGAGGCCGACGCUGCUGCGCUCCUCGAGCCGCCGAGCAGGAAGGAGCCUUCGCCGCCGCCGAACUUUCCCUCAGGGCCCACCAUGCCCGGGGCAGCGGCCCGGGGACUCUGAGCGCCGCUCCCGCCUUCCCCUCGCAGCGCCGCGGCCGGCUAUUGCACUUAAGCAUGAAUAUUGAAGACAAACUUGGAGGAUUAUUUCUUAAAUGUGGUGGCAUAGACCAAAUGCAGUCAUCCAGGGCUAUGGUAGGGAUGGGUGCAGUAUCUGACCAGUCUUCAGUAUCUGGGGAACGGCAAGCAGCAGUGCUUCAAGACCGGACUAUGGCACAUCAAGAAAUUCUUACAACAGAUGAAGUGUUACAAGAAAGUGAGCUUCGACAGCAAGAGAUGAUUUCACAUGAUGAACUCAUGGUCCAUGAGGAGACGGUAAAAAAUGAUGAUGAGCUGGAGGCUCAAGAUAGACUUCCUCAAGGGCUACAGUAUGCAGUCAAUGUUCCUAUCAGUGUAAAGCAAGAAAUUACUUUUACUGAUGCAUCUGAACAACAGAAGAGAGACAAAAAACAAAUACGAGAGCCAGUAGAUUUGCAGAAAAAGAAGAAAAGAAAACAGCGUUCACCAGCAAAGAUCCUUACAAUAAAUGAGGAUGGAUCACUUGGUCUGAAAACCCCCAAAUCUCAUGUUUGUGAGCAUUGCAAUGCUGCCUUUAGAACCAACUACCAUUUACAGAGACAUGUCUUCAUUCAUACAGGUGAAAAACCAUUUCAGUGCAGUCAAUGCGACAUGCGUUUCAUACAGAAGUACCUGCUACAGAGACAUGAGAAGAUUCAUACUGGUGAAAAACCAUUUCGCUGUGAUGAAUGUGGUAUGAGGUUCAUACAGAAGUAUCAUAUGGAAAGGCACAAGAGAACUCAUAGUGGGGAGAAGCCUUACCAGUGUGAAUAUUGUUUGCAGUACUUUUCCAGGACUGACCGUGUGCUGAAACAUAAACGUAUGUGCCAUGAGAGCCGUGACAAGAAACCUAAUAGAAGUGCCACCAAAGUUGGCCUUUUGACAUCUGAGGAAGAUCCUGGCUUCUCUACACCGAUGAAAGACAGCUCCUUGCCAAAGAAGAAAAGGCAGAAAACAGAGAAAGCAAAGUCUGUGGACAAGGAAAUUGGAGAUAAAUCAGAACAGAAGAAGGAUAAAAAUGACUACUUGCCUUUGUACUCUGCCAGUGCUAAAGUAAAGGAUGAAUAUAUGGUGGCAGAAUAUGCUGUUGAGAUGCCACAUUCUUCUGUCAGUGGGUCACAUUUAGAAGAUGCAAAUUCUGGAGAAAUACACCCACCUAAACUGGUUCUCAAAAAAGUUACUAGUAAGAGAAGUCUAAAACAGCCACUUGAGCAAAGUCAGACCAUUUCACCUUUAUCUACAUAUGAAGAGAACAAGGUUUCAAAGUAUGCCUUUGAUCUUGUGGAUAAACAAGGUUUAUUGGACGCAGAUGGUAAUGCUGACAUUGACCAAGUUGAUACUUUACAGGAAGGACCCAGUAAACCUGUACACAGCAGCACUAAUUAUGAUGACGCAAUGCAGUUUUUAAAGAAAAAGAGGUAUCUGCAAGCGGCUAGUAAUAAUAGUAGAGAAUAUGCCCUGAAUGUAGGUACUAUAGCAUCUCAACCUUCAGUAACACAGGCAGCUGUAGCAAGUGUCAUUGAUGAAAGUACCACAGCAUCCAUAUUAGAUUCACAGGCACUGAAUGUGGAAAUUAAAAGUAACCAUGACAAAAAUGUCAUCCCAGAUGAGGUGCUUCAAACCCUACUAGAUCAUUAUUCCCACAAGGCUAAUGGACAACAUGAAAUAUCUUUCAAUGUGACGGAUACUGAGGUGACCUCCAGUAUAUCAAUCAAUUCUUCUGAAGUAUCUGAGGUCACCCAGUCUGAAACUGUUGGAACAAGCUCUCAAGCUUCCUCAUCAGAUAAAGCCAGUAUGUUACAAGAAUAUUCAAAGUUUCUACAGCAAGCGUUGGACAGAACUAGCCAAAAUGAUGCCUAUUUGAACAACCCAAGCCUUAAUUUUGUGACUGAUAACCAGACUCUUACAAGCCAGCCAUCAUUCUCUUCCAUAGACAAACAGGUCUAUGCUUCUAUACCUGUCAAUAGCUUUCGAUCGGGAAUGAACUCUCCAUUAAGAACAACUCCAGACAAGUCUCAUUUUGGACUAAUGGUUGCUGAUUCCCAGCACUCUUUUCCCUUUUCAGGUGAUGAGGCAAAUCAUUCUUCCUCCUCCUCUACACAGGACUUCUUGGAUCAAGUGACUUCUCAGAAGAAAGCAGAGGCACAGCCUGUCCAUCAGGCUUAUCAAAUGAGCUCCUUUGAGCAGCCCUUCAGAGCUCAAUACCAUGGAGCAAGAGCUGGAAUAUCACCUCAGUUUAGCACUGCCAACGGACAGGUGAACCUGCGAGGGCCAGGCACAAGUGCUGAAUUCCCUGAAUUUCCCUUGGUGAAUGUAAAUGAUAAUAGAGCUGGGAUGACUUCUUCACCUGAUGCCACAACGGGCCAGACUUUUGGCUAAGAAAAUCUUUGUAAAUAAUAUUGGCACUUUAGAACAGAUCUGUCAAGAGUGGGGUUGCUCUGUAUAAGAUGGAGUGCUGUACAGCUUUUAAGAACGUUGUGUUAUAACAAAAGUAAGCUGAUAUAGCAAGAUCAAUAACUUCAUUUUUGGUUAGUCCACCAGUCAUUGAACUGCCUUACAUGUUGUCUCCCCUAUAAAAGGCAGUUUAUUACUCACUUGUUCGAGACCAGAAACUUGCUCUUUUACAUACACUUAAAUUUAAAACAAAACAAAAAACCCCAGGUAAGGUUUCCUCCCAUAAUAGUUUCCUAUUUGGUUUCAUUGUACGUUCUUGGGAGAACAGUAAUUGUCAUAUUGUCAUUUUCUAAGCUUGUCAGUGUAGUCAUUGCUCUUCAGUAGGGAACCUAAAUAUAGUAAACAGAAUAAACUAAAAGUUUAAAUGUCAAGCGAUUAUGGCUAAACCACAUUGGUGUAUUCUAUAGAAAUACCCUUUCUUCCCUCUUUCUUAAAAUGAAGUAUAUGCCAUAUGCCCUUUAUUUUUGCUUUGCAUUACACUGAGCUGUGUUUUGGAGGAAAAAAGUAAUAAUAAAUUCUGAUAGACUAACUCCAUUAUUUAAAAGUCUAAUUAAUUUAAAAUACUUUAAAAACUUUUUUAGCAAAAUAUAUGUCUGCUAAUGCAUUUACUUCAGUCCUGAAGUGUGUUGCAUAUUUCUUUGUACAGUUGAACCUAGACAUAACUUUUUAUGAUUCUUUCACAUGCAGAUAUCAAGAUUUUGAAGUUUUAGUUAAAAUACUCUGUAGAUUACAUUCCCGAUUACACAAAGCUUACACAAAUUGUGUAUUCCAAGAUUUUAAAGCUUAAUUGUACUUUACCCUGCAUAUUCACAGUGAUUAACAAAGAGCACUUAGAUUCUAUUUGAUAUUUUUUGAUUUCUCAAAGAAUAAAAACUAUUUUAGAUUUUUAGGUCUGAUAUGGCUGCAUCAUUAUCAUCUCAUACAACACUGAUUAAUAUUUUUAAUAUAAAAUGAGAUUGGAAUUUCUUAGCUUCUGUAAAAACUGGUUUAAUUUUCUCUAUCUAGAACUUUGACAAUUCAGAUAAUUAAACAUACUAAAGCAUCCCAAUAAGCUGAAGAAGUGGGCCUUCUAAUUGCAUAUCUUUUUAGCGAUUUCUUAAUGAACAAUGUUCAUUACAAUUUUACCAACCAAAACUGUUGACUAAUGCUAGUGAACAGAAUUUUUUUUCAGUAUAGAUGAAUGAUCA